AUGAAACAGGACGAUUUUUUAACUACGAUUUUCGAGAAUAUGGAACCAUAUAUGGAUACAUAUCACGUAUUUACAGAAUUAACUGAAAGUGGAUUUACUGAUAGUCAAGCAGAUGAAAUUAUAAAUUUACUUAUUGUUCAAUUAAACUCUAAAUUAUCCAAGUUAUCAACCAAAUAUUCACAACUUUAUGAAUUAGAGAACGAAGAAUAUCUUUAUGAAAGUGCCCAGCAAGAAUUAAGAGUUGAUUUUACAAGAUCAAGAGAACUGCAUAUCAAUGAAUUAAUUAAUUCAAUCAAUAUAAUUGAAAGAGAAUUUCAUAUAUUAUCUGAUGAAUUAAAUAAUCAGUUAAUUCAAAUGAAAAAUGAUACUCAAGUUGCAAUAAGUGAUCAAAAAUCCGAAAAUACCUUACUUUCUAAAAGAAUUAUAUUAAGAAUUCAGGAAACUAAUCAUAAAAUUACUACUGAAUUAAAUAGUGCCAUGAGAUCCGAAGUCGAAAGUUUAAGAUGGCAUUUCUCAAGAUGGGGGUUGUUAACUAUAUUGAUUGCAGUUUUCGAUGCUGCAAUGGUUUACUAUAUUCAUAAAUCAGCAACCACUAGAAGAGAAAAUGAAAAGAAUGAGUUCAUUCCAUUAAUAAUCUAUGAACCAAGUGAAUACGACGAAGAUGACUAUCAUACCGACUUAGAUAAGAGUUUAAUCAACUAA